CGGGCCGGCGGAGCUGCUCGCCGCUUCCGGGCGCAGCGCAGCGCAGCGCAGCCUGCCGAGCCGGCGGCCCGCCGUGGUGCCGCGCGGCGCGCAGCCCAUGGGGGAGAAGCGCAUCCUGUGCGUGGGCCUCGUGUGCCUGGACAUCAUCAGCGUGGUGGAGCGCUACCCGGCCGAGGACUCGGACACCAGGUGCCUGUCGCAGCGCUGGCAGCGCGGGGGAAAUGCCUCCAACACGUGCACGGUCCUGGCCCUGCUGGGCGCCCCGGCCGCCUUCAUGGGCUCGCUGGCCCCCGGCCACGCCGCAGACUUCAUCCUGUCCGAUUUCCAGCGCCGCAGCGUGGAUGUCACUCACCUGGUCUGGCAGAGCCGGGGGGAGACGCCGUGUGCCUGCUGCCUCGUCAAUUGCCGCACCGGCUCCCGGACAGUCACUCUCCACGACACCAACCUGCCGGAUGUGACAGCUGCAGAUUUUGAGCGGGUCGACCUGUCGCAGUACAAGUGGAUCCACUGGGAGGGCAGGAACGCCUCAGAGCAGGUGAAGAUGCUGCAGCGCGUGGAGGCGCACAACCGGGGCGUCCCGGCCGUGGAGCGCGUGGCCACGUCCGUGGAGGUGGAGAAGCCCCGGCCGGAACUGUACCAGCUCUUUUCCCAUGGAGACGUGGUGUUUGUCAGCAAGGACGUGGCCAGGGAGCUGGGCUUCCCCUCGGCCGCCGAGGCCGUGAGGGGGCUGUUUAAGCGCGUGAGACCCGGGGCCACCCUGAUUUGCGCCUGGGGGGAGGCCGGCGCAGACGCGAUGGGGCCGGACGAGGAGCUGCUGCACGCGGACGCCGUCGCCCCCGAGCGGGUGGUGGACACCCUUGGCGCGGGAGACACCUUCAACGCGGCGGUGAUCCUGGCGCUCAGCAGGGGGAGGCCUCUCGCCGCAGCUCUGAACUACGGGUGCCAGGUGGCUGGCCGGAAGUGUGGUGUGCACGGCUACGACGGGAUCGUGUGAGCGUGCACGGAAGCCACGGCUCCCCGCAGCGUGGCUGCUUCCACGGGCGGGGGCGCCUCGGGCAAGCCCUCUGCCUGCCUGCACGGGCUCCCCCUUGCCAGGGGGUCUGGCCCCCGGGCCGCUCGCAAGUUGGGACCAAUAAAGCUC